AUGCCCACUUACUGGGUAGCUCAGCAGGCGUCAGGUGCAUAUGCCGAGGCAACAGGAGCAAACGCGCUCACCUAUAGAGUCCUCUGUAGCACCAUUUCUUCCGGCUCAUCCCGUACUUCUUAUGUAGCAGCGGGAACUGAGGAGCCAACAGAGUCAGCUGCAGCAACUGCAACAGCAAUGGCCUCAGCAGCGGCUGUCUCACGCUCAGAGGCGCCAUCAGCUGCAGCACAGCACGGUCUGGGCCCCAGAGUAUCUGCACGUCCAUUUUACUUUGAUUACCAAGCGACAACGCCCCUGGACCCGCGAGUGUUGGAUGCGAUGAUGGCAUUCAACGUGGACUGCUUUGGUAACCCCCACUCCGGGUCUCAUGCGGCAGGCUGGGAGGCAAAAAGAGCAGUGGAGCAAGCCAGAGAGGUGGUGGCUUCGGCCUUAGGGCUGCCAGCUGCACGGAGUCGGGAGGUUGUAUUUACUUCAGGGGCCACCGAGAGCAACAAUCUGGCCAUAAAAGGGUUGCUUCGAUUCCAUGAGCAGCUCAAUCUCAGCAAACACCAGCAGCAACAAAAGCAGGUUUCAAAGGUGCGGAAAAACCACAUUAUUACGACCCAGAUCGAGCACAAAUGCGUAUUGCAGUGCUGCCGUUUGCUUCAUCUGGAGUGGCGGCAAACGGGCGGUGAGCGGGGGGCGGAGGUGACCUUCCUUCCAGUCUCCCCCGAAGGUUUAGUGUCUCCGGCUGCUAUUGCUUCAGCCAUACGGCCCGAAACUCUCUUGGUGUCGGUAAUGCAUGUAAAUAACGAAAUAGGCGUGAUUCAGGACCUGGAGGGGAUUGGAGCAGUUUGCAAAGAGCGGGGGGUUUUCUUUCACACGGACGCCGCUCAGGGAUUUGGAAAGGUGCCAUUGGACGUGGAGCGCAUGCAUAUUGACUUACUUUCGCUCUCUGCUCAUAAGAUUUAUGGCCCUAAAGGAGUUGGGGCACUCUUUGUGAGAGCCAGGAACCCCAGAGUCAGACUCACUCCAAUCAUUGACGGGGGAGGACAGGAGAGGGGACUCAGAAGCGGAACCCUUGCAACUCCGUUGGUUGUUGGACUGGGGAAGGCGGCAGCCCUGUCUAUGGAGUGCAUGGAAAGCGACAGGCGGCAUAUUGAACGCAUGGCAAACCUCCUACUACAGCAGCUGCGGCACCGUCUACUGCAUAUUACUGUCAACGGCAGCCUCAGUCACAGAUAUAGUGGGAAUCUCAACAUAUCUUUCUCUUUCGUAGAAGGGGAAAGCCUUCUUAUGAGCAUCGGCGACGUCGCCAUGAGUUCGGGAAGUGCAUGCACGAGCGAGUCGCUUGAGCCCUCCUACGUUCUGCGAUCUCUGGGCGUUGGGGAGGAGACAGCGCAUACCUCAAUCCGCAUAGGGCUAGGGCGGUUCACGCGUGAGGAAGAGGUGCGCCAUUGCGCUGACCGUUUGAUUGCUGAGGUAACCCGCCUUCGCGAAAUGUCUCCUCUUUACGAUGCAGCGAUGAACUCUCUGGAAGAUGAUGGAGGGAGCACUCCCAAGCUCGUCUGGACAUGA